AUGGCUUCUCCGUUAUCGCCUGCUUGCGAGGCGAGCAUUAAUAGGGCUACGCCUCCCAGCAAGCGAAAGUACGAUCAGUACGAGGUCCGCACAUUUUCGACAAGUACAGAGGUCAGCGCCGAGACUGCAGAUGAUUCAGGCCACUCUUCGCCGUUUGUGUCCACCGUUACGGAAAGCAAUAUCGACCAGGAGAAUAUUUCCCCGUCAAAGAGUCGACGUAGUCGUGUUCUUUCCGGGACGGAGUUAUCGCCGCUGAAGAUUCUUGGCGAUCAGAGAAGUACGAGCGGCUCGAUGGGACCACCGCCGCAGCGGAGCCCGAGAAAGGUGUCGCCCGUGUCGAGGUUUCCCGUCAAGAUCAGCCCCGUGGGAGAGGACGUGAGGGUCAUCAAGGAGAAGGAGAUGAGUAUGGAGGAUGUGGUGAGGGAGAAUGAGGGCCUGAAGAAGGCGAUUGAUAUAUUUGAGGACGAGAGCGAUACGCGUGGGGAAACGAGUGCCGAGCAGGAGAAUGAGGAUGCUGCGCCUGAUGAGUCCAUGAUCAGCACGUUUAGCACGUUUUCUGUGGUGCCGAAUUUGACGGUGUUUGCGAAGCUGGGACAGAGUCCGAGCAAGGAUGGGUACGCGAGGGGGAAGACGCAGGGCAGUUCGGAUAGUACGAGCAACACUACCAAUUUGCUGAUGGAUUUUACGGAGCAGAUGAGGUUUUCGCAGCAAAAGUCGCCGGGGAAGAGGGGGAAUUUGUCGCCGUCACGAACGAUGCCCAACGUGGCUGGGACGCCGAACCGCGAGAUUACCAACUUGAUUGAUUUUGAUAUCCCGCCGAUGCCUACGCCCCGGAGUCUGCCUUCUAUUACCCCCCGCGAACUGGAGUCGCUCAAGUCUGGGUUUCUGUCGGAAAUCAGCUCGCUAAAGGCUUCUUUGAGCGGCAAGGAAGCCGAGGUUCAGUCGCUCAAGACGGCGGUUGGGGAUGCGGAGAAACGGGUUGGCGAGUCGAUGGAGCAGUUGCGCGGGGAGCGUGCCCUCAAGGAACAGCUCUCUGCUGAGAAGGAGGACUGGGAGAAGAGAGGGCGUGAAAUGGAGACUGUGCUGCGCAAGAUCAAAGAGGAGGUGAUGGCGAGUCAGCGCGAAAGAGAAGAACUCGAGCAGAGGCUCGAAGAGAGCGAGAAGCGCAGAGAGGCAGCCGAGAUGCUGCACCAAGAAGCGGAGAGCAAAAUGGCCGGCAUGAGGGCCGGCAAGGACAGCGAACGAACAAGAGACCCGUCUGCGUCACCGGAAAAAGCAAAGGCCACGUCAAACAAGGAUAUUGAAAUUGCAGUCGAGAGAGUCGCACGGGAACUACACGCGCUGUACAAGGGCAAGCAUGAGACCAAGGUUGCUGCGCUGAAGAAGUCGUAUGAAAAUCGUUGGGAGAAACGCGUCAAGGACAUGGAGAAGCGAAUCGAGGAACUAGGCGAGGAGAACGACAGGCUCCGUGAGAACCACGAGGUCAAUAUGACGAGACUGGAGCCCGAUAAUGCGGAGAACGAGGAGCGCAAGGCGCAGGCUGCGAAGGACAGUGCCGCGAUCAAGGAGCUUAAUGCGGAUAUUCAACGGCUGGAGGCGGUGGUUUCGACGGUGAAGAAGGAUAAUACGGAGCUGAGGACCAUGUUGGAGAGGGAGAGGGUAGAGAAGGGCGAGUUGGUGCAGUUGGCGGAGGAGAUGAUGUCUAUGCAGAGCUUCGUCGGUCAGCGCCAGCCUCAGCAGCAGCAACAGCAGCAGCGGACGCAGGAACGUAGUGAAGCUAAGACGCCGAGAGCUUCUAUGUCAACGUCGGGGGAUCAGGUUAGGAGGAGUGGUGGUUCGGGACUCAGGGCGCCUCAGGCUGGGUCGGCGAUUCGUCCUGGACAUGUUAGGAAGAGUAGUGGUGGUGGUGGAUUGCCUCGGCCCGGGAGGAGUGGUAUUAUGAGUUCGAUUGAGAAGAUGGGUAGUUAUAGGGGGAGGGGUCAGGAGUGA